CGUGCGCACGAUUUCGAAAAAUUCCAAAUUUCGCAUCAACGGCGAGAUUAUCAACUGCAAAAAUGUCUGGGUCUGGAAGAAUGCCAGACUUGUCAUGCAGGUUUUCCAUGACCCAUGAGGUCUGGUAUGUAGGACAUAGCAUGACAGAUUCUGCGAGAGUUCUAUCAUGCCUAUUCUGCAUGAGAAACUGCCUCCCGAUUAGGUCAAAAGUGGACAGCUUUUGGUAAUCACGCAACACAGAUUUUUACAUGAUUCAGAUUUAGCAUGACAAGUUGCUUUGUUCCGGACCCAGACACUUUUGCAUUUGAUAGAGAUCGGACCGGCGCUGCGGAAGAAUUUACCGCUGCAGUUAGAUAUCCUGUGCAAAAGUAUCGUACUCGUAUUGUAAUCAUGCAAUACAAAUCUUUUCCUUAAGUUAAAUCAGCAUUACAAAUUUCAUUUCUCAUGCUGAGGAAAUUUGUAAUGCAUUUAUACGAGUACGAUACUUUUGCACUGCAUAUUAGAGUUCUCCUUAACAGGGAUCAACAACAAAAAGGAGUUGCAGAAGUACCAGCGAGAGUACCACUACAGCCUGCACUAUCGCAAGAAAAAGUGUUACAGUUACACACAUAGUCUAUGCAGGCAUAGCAAGACAGACAAGCUCUGUCAUGCCGGAUAUGCAUAGGAGCGUUGUUUCAUAAGUGUUUUCCCGUGGGAUUUCUGCAACGCAAGUUUUCUCUCUCUUGUUCCAGAGAAAUUUGUGUUGCUGAAUUGACAACAAAUGUGUAACUGUAACACUUUUUUCGUGUGAUAUGCACAAGGUACCCAUCAAGUGGCUGUACGACUACGCCACCGUGAAAAUUUCCAUAAUAUCCUGUGCAAAAGUAUCGUACUCGUAUAAAUGCAAGUCUUGCAUUACAAAUCCUUUUCUUAAGGUAAAUCCGCAUUACAAAUUUCAUUUCUCAUGCUGAGGAGAUUUGUCAUGCAAUUUAUGCUAGUAUGAUACUUCUGCAGUUGAUACAUAAACGGUAUCGACGGCGACAUUGCCAGUUUUCCGGGCAGUAUCGCGAAAUGCCUCUUGCUAUGGACUGCAAAUAUCUCUGGAUGUCUGGAAGAUUGCGAGAUUCGUCAUGCUAGUUUGGCAUGACUGUGAGCUCUGUAUUGCGUGGCCAGGAAGAGCUCCUAUUGUCUGUCAUUCAAAAACGCUGUUUAUCAUGCGGAAUACGCAACACAGAGCCACGAAAAAAUCUGUCAUGCUUGGAGUUGCAUUACAGUGCGCUUGCUAUUCACUGACAUGCAUCACAACUUUCCAGACCCAGACAUAUUUGCAAUACAUACCUGCCCUUGGUCUUGUGGGAGCUCGUGGAGGUGAAGCACUGCUACCUGGAC